GCGAGCUAGACGCCGUCCCCAAGCCAUGGUCCCUACUAGCCGCGGCUCAGCCUGGGUCCCUCUGCUCCCAACCCGAGUGCCCAAAGCAGGCUUUGGUUUCAUGUCAGCAGCCUUCAUCUGCCUUCCAAAAAUAAGCCCCUGCCGCCAUGCUGAGGGGAGAAAAACAAGAAGGGCGGUAUUUUUAGGGCCAUUAAUUCUGACCACGUGCCUGAGAGGCAAGGUGGAUGGCCCUGGGACAGAGGCUGUUCAUCACUAUGUCCCGGGGAGCAGGACGUCUUCAGGGCACGCCGUGGGCUCUCGUCUUCCUAGGCGUCCUAGUGGGCAUGGUGGUGCCCUCGCCUGCAGGCACGCGCGCCAACAGCACGCUGCUGGACUCCAGGGGCUGGGGCACCCUGCUGUCAAGGUCCCGAGCUGGGCUAGCUGGAGAGAUUGCUGGGGUGAAUUGGGAAAGUGGCUAUUUGGUGGGGAUCAAGCGGCAGAGGAGACUCUACUGCAACGUGGGCAUCGGCUUUCACCUCCAGGUGCCCCCCAACGGCCGGAUCAGCGGGACCCACGAGGAGAACCCCUACAGCCUGCUGGAGAUUUCCACAGUGGAGCGGGGUGUGGUGAGUCUCUUUGGAGUGAAAAGUGCCCUCUUCAUUGCCAUGAACAGUAAAGGGAGAUUAUACACAACGCCCAGCUUCCAAGAGGAAUGCAAGUUCAGAGAAACCCUCCUGCCCAACAAUUACAAUGCCUACGAGUCAGACCUGUACCGAGGGACCUACAUCGCACUGAGCAAAUACGGACGGGUAAAGCGGGGCAGCAAGGUGUCCCCCAUCAUGACUGUCACUCACUUCCUUCCCAGGAUAUAAGGACCCUGAAAGGAGGCUUUCAGAUUGAAAGCAACAUCUUUUGUAUCAGAAUUUUGCACAAAUGAACAAUCCCCUUGCCCCCCACGACUCCUGAGUCAGGCUUCUCUUGUGCUUGGGGAGAAGCCAUACCAGACCCUAUGGUAUGAAACCAACCCAAGAGAGAGGGCUUGCAACCAACAUCCUAGAAUGGUGAUGGAUACAUGCUCUGAACUCAAGUGAGGGAAGAAGCUACACGGGGCAUGUGACCAUGUGCACGGGGAAAGGCCAGAGUGGCAGCAUGUGUGUGUUGGUGGAUAUCCACACAUCUUUGUGUAGAUGGUCUGAGCAAAGGCAUGGCAGAGCGUUGGGUUUCUUUCUCCCAGGAUCACUGUAGCAGGAAUCUGCCCGCAAGAAUGUCUCCUGUCAAACCAGCAAGAUUGAUGUGGACUCUCAUUGUGCCACUUCCCAAUCAUCCUUCCAUUCAGAGGCCACUUGCAUGCACGCAUGGCUUGCACAGGCAGUGGGAGCAGCUGUCCUCUAAGCAUGGAGGGCAGGAUGGGAGGGAGAGUAGGGUUUAUCUGCAAACCAAAAAGAAAGUGGGCAGGCUCCAAACUUCCUGCCUAUGAGGGCUCCGGGGACACUGGGCUGCCCUGACAGGGAAGCUGGGGGAGAAGGGAUCCUCUUCUUGCAGAAAUGGAGUAGAGCUGUGUCUCGGGCAGCUGGGGAAGGCCUGCUGGAAGCAGCGGAAGGGACUGGAUGUCCUGCGGAGUGCCAUUCGGCCUGGAGGAUUCAGUGCUGUGUGUGACUCCAAGAACAAGCCGGGGCCAGGCUCCCUGCCCAUAACUUUUCCUCACUUUGAACUGGGUCUUAUUUUAACCUCAGAUGACAAGGAUCCUAAUAAUGGCAACCUCUUUGGCGAGGGGUGAGGGGGUACAAAAUAGGGCAUGAAGGAAGUAGAGAGGCUUGGACUGCAGAUGAUGAUUCCUCUCCAGCUACGUCCGGGAAACUCACCCAAGUCCUCAUCUGAUACUCUCACUUCCUUCUUGGUCGUCCUCAUCUCGCAUACACACUGGUGGCUAGAUGCAGUAGAAUGGGCACCAUGACCUCCAGAGUUUGCCCCCUCUGGCCCCCCUACAGUAAGAGAAGAGUGAUAAUCCUAUGAACUCAAGCAGCCAAGCUAUAACAGCUCCUUGCUGUACAAUGCCUUCUUGCCUCCUGUCCUUUGAGAGUAUUUAAAGCAGAGGUUCUCCCCAAGUGACUAUAAAUGUUGUCUGCCUAGAGCCUUCAGAUUCCUGAACGAUUGGAAUGUUCCUAAAUCUGAAACCAGAGAGAGCCAUAUCAGAGUGCAAAUAUUUUCUGCAUACGUGAACCAUCAAGUUACAGAAUGACCUGACACCCUCCACUACUCUCAGGGGCCCCCUGCCUGGAAGACAACCCCCCAUCUGCUACAAAUGCCUUCGUCUUCGACAUACCUCUCUAUUUGCAGAUGCAACCAUCUAUAGAUAGAUCUGAGCUGAGUGACUGUGAACUGGACAUGGAGGUUGGCCACCCAGCAGAGGCAUCCUACAGGCUACCUCUCUGUCUGGCACACAUCAGGGAGGACAUGUGCUGGAUGAGGAGGAAAAGGCCCCACAAAGGUAAGCAAAGAUUGAACAGACAGUAAGAGCUCAGGAGCAAGAGUGGACAUGACACCGCCUUGGAAGAAACUGGCAGGAGCUAGGGUCUUGGGUCAACUGGAAGGGGGAGAAAACUGGUCCAUCUUGACCAUUUGGAAUAUUCAAAGUGCAGAUCUGCUUGGAGGCAGAGGACAAAGCUGAUUAUUUUGUCCAGAAUAAUUGAUUGGUCUCUUUGACAGGGUACAUCAGAAACUGAUGCACUCAGAACCCGAGGCACGUAGCCAUACCCAAUGGAAAGUGCUGGGAGUGCAGAAAGGCUCUGGGAGUGCAGAAAAGUGUUAGGUCCCAAAGUGUUAGUUCCUUUCUUCCUAAACCUUUGAGCCAACCUGGCAUGAGAGGGGAUACAUUUCUCAAGGGAAUCUCAAGGCCUCAGACUGCUAGACCUUGUCUGAAUCUUUCUGGAGGCUCAUAAAAGUGCUCAGAUGCUGACAAGAAGUUCCUCCAAAAGUCCACUUCCAUAUCUCAGGCUAGGAAUGAGAAGGAGAAGCUAAGACGUGCCUGGGACCAGGCAGGCUUGCUAUCCAGUCACCAUGCAGAGGCACCAACACACCCAUUGCCUAUGACUAGAAUUGCUUCCUAGCAUCAGGGCAUCUGUCCUAACUGGUACCGGAGCCUAUGCUAUAGCAGUCAUUGAACAUUCUAAAUAUAUUCCUAGAUGUGGGGAUGCAUCAUUGACUCUUUAAAAUGUCUUCUAUCCAGAGGCGUUCUCUCCCAAGAGCUUUCUCUUCAAUCUGUAAGUGGCUUAGGCUUACAAGUCACUCUCCAACCAUAGUAGUGGGCAGGAACAAAGGAAGAUCAGCAAAGGACUGCUCAGUCCCUUCUCCCCUGCAACUAUGUCUGUGCACAGGUGUAUCUGAUCACCAUGUCUACUGAGUUCCAGACUGAGCUCUUAGCCCCGUUGGAUCCAAAAGGCUGCAGCAGACAUCGCAUAGGCAGGGGAAAGAAUGACCCUCACCUUCCUGCUGCCAUGUACUAUAAACAACUUAGGUCGUCUCUCUCCCAGAUCCCGAGCUAUGAUCCUGGUUUAUAGAGUUUUGUAGUCAUUGGCUUCUCUCCUACCCUGAACCUUCUCUGGCAGCUCCAUGCAAACUUGGGACUCCAGAACCCAGAUGCUGCUUUAUUCCUUCUUCAAGAGCAAACUAUAAAAAUGAGAGCAACGUACGAGCACAUUCUUGGAGUGAACUUCUCAGCUGGGGAGAUGUGAGCUCAGAAACCAUAGGGGAGUUCCAGGCACCCUGUAGAGUCUGCACUCUCCUCAGGACAAUGGGUGGACCUCGGAGGAAACCAGAAAACCCCAACUGCCCCAUUGAAACUAUUGAUUGUGUUUGCUCCAUCAUUUGCUGCCUUCUAAUACCCCUUCCCUUCCUAUUUGCCAUGCAUCUUUGAACCUCCCAUGAAAGGCAGCAUAUAAUGUUGUAACACCCUAACAUUAUCCUUCACAACCUUCCCCCUCUGCUGCCACAUCCCACAACACAUCCAGCAUAUGCACCCCAUUCUAUGGCUCAGGAAAGAGAAUAUUUUCUCCUCUCUCCUGAUCUAGGCUACAAACCUCUCUCCUUUUUAGUCAUAUAGGAUUUUCUCAGGCCAGUAACCCAGGCCUGAAAUUCUUUCCUGAUCUUGUCACAUGCUGGGAAGUUUGGAAUUCUUCUCAUGAUGGUGCUGAGCCCCUUUCUUGUCCUAGACAUCAGAGCCUUCAAGUUAUCAUUCGGUAGAAUCCUAAGAGAGAAAGAUGUAUGAAAGUCCACAAGCUGUAGUUCUCCUUCCUCCCAGAGUUGUAGGUACACUGUCCUUGCCCAUUAUGUGCCAUGGCCACUGGUGGAAACAUAUCUACCAAAAGUAGUCACUGGCCCCUAAGACAUGGGGUUAUUCUCUCUCCUGUCUAUCCCCUUCUGCUGCUUUUCACGUGGACAGAAGCUAGAAAGCGCCUAUAACUUUCUGUCCCCAAAGGCUCUGGGUCAGAUGUCACUGAGGAGGGACUCUCUGCCACUUGCCACUUUCGUGUCUAGGAAGUGGGUCUCUCAAAUCUGUCCCCUGCCCCUCCACUUGGCUAGGAAUGGCCACACAUUCUGCUACCUUCCAGAAUGAUUGGGACAAGCCCAGGAGAGAAGAUAGAAAUAACUCCAUUCUGUACUUACACCUGAAUUGAUGUUUCCUCUUCCCAGAACGGAAGAAGGGAGUGAUUACACCCAAAACAGAUCCUGAAUCUAGUCCGUCAUGCCAAGAGCCAACACAGAACCAUGUUUGUAUACCUCAUUGAACUACUGAAAUUCCAGCACUCAGACAGCUGUGUCCUCAUGUGGUUUUCCCCUUUCUAUAAAUCAAUAAGUACCUCAGACUGGGUCCCAGUGCAGAGCUAUCCUCAAGUUUGGGUCAAGUGAGUAGAAAAACCCAGAAUUUGUUCAGUCAUGUGCUUGUAAAAUGUGAUGCUUCUAUUUUUUAAUAUGUAUGUGCUAUGCACAAACCAUAUCAUGUUCCAACAAAAAGUAAAAGGUCUUUUUAUACGUUUCUCUAAACUGUCAGACUCCACCCCUCCUAUUAAAACUCACAACGAAU